CAUUUGAGGUUUGCAGUCAUAUUUCAGAUUUCCCAAGUUGUCACCCAUUUACAGACACCCCCGCAUGUAUUUCGCCUUUCAUUUUCAUUUCUCCGAUCACAAAUUUAGUUGGCCGGAAAUUCAAGAAUCCUUCAAAUUCAAUCGCAGAAAGGAGCCGUUGAGAGGAGACAUAAGUAUACUUGAAGUUGCUAGAGCAUUGAAAUUACAAAGUUUUCUGCCAGAUAGAUUUCAGGGAGACUGAGAACAACAGCGUAUCUGGUAAAUAGGUGGCCAACAACAGUCCUGUAGGGUAGACGCCUUGUGAACUAAUGUUUAAGAAGAUACCACCACUGAGACAUUUAAGGGUGUUUGUAUGCUUGUGCUUUGCCUCUUAUUUGGAGUACUAAACUAGGAAAACAAGUUCCUUUAUGGAAUAUUGUUAGACUUAAAAGGGAUUCAAGCUAUAUGAUUUGGAGACAAGGGGUUCCUAAAAAGUGAAGUUGUUCGUGAAUCUUACUCAGCCUGCUGCACUAAAUCCGAUCUGAGACAGUUCUGAGUCACACUUUGCAGCCAUAUGCAGUCUCGAGAGGAAGUGCAAUAGGACCAGAUGUUGCACAAGCUGGUGAUUUACGUUCUGACCAAACUGGUGAAGUUGUUGCAGAACUCAGAGAAUCAUCUAGGAGACUCAAGCCAUCUUUAUGUCCAUAGGAGUAUGUUGUCCCUAUACAAGCAUAGAAAAAGCUGUCCCUAUACAAUGUCCAAUUACAAAAUAAUAAGACCAAUGGUGAUGUGGACAGAUUUGAGGCUGGUUGGUGGCUAAUGGGUACAAUCAACAAGAAGAAUUGGACUAUAAUGAGACAUUUUCUCUGGUGGCCAAGAUUGUCUGUGGCGAGACUGUUGUCAGAUAUUAUCCAACUGAAGUUGAUAGAUGGACACUGAUUCGGAUAGCGAUUUAUUAAGUGAUUUGCCUCAAAGUAUCAUAGAAAGCAUCCUCGUAAAAGUUCCAUUAGUCGAUGCUGUAAGGACAAGCAUAUUGUCAAGAAAAUGGAGAUACAAGUGGGCAGCCAUUACAGAACUUGUUUUUAAUGACACAUGUCUGACUUCUGGCCAUGACAAAUCAAUUAUCAGUUGCAAUCUUGUAAAUUUCAUUACCCGUUGCCUGUUUCUUCAUGACGGACCGAUUCACAAGUUUGAAUUGAAUACUUCCUACUCGCCAGCUUCUCCUGAUUUAGAUCAGUGGCUACUUUUCCUUUCUCGUAAAGAUAUCAAAGAGUUGAUUAUUGAUAUAGGAGAAGAUGACUGGUUUAGAGCACCUUCAUGUGUGUUCUUUUGUCCUAAGUUGACUCAUUUGGUGCUUGUUCGAUGUGAAUUAAACCCUCCUCCAAAUUUCAAAGGUUUCUUGUGUUUGAAGCACCUUAGUCUCCAACAAGUUAUCAUUCCUCCGCAUGAUAUUGAAGUUCUCAUCUCCAGUUGCCCUCUUCUUGAGAGCUUGACAUUGUCAUAUUUUGACAGUUUGGAGCUUACUAUUCGAGCUCCAAAUCUCAAAUAUCUGAAUUUGGAAGGUGAAUUUAAGGAUAUACGCCUUGAGAAUACUCCACAGCUGAUCGGUAUUUCAGUUGCUAUGUAUAUGACUGAUGAUAUAGCUGAGCACUUUGAACAAUGCUCAGGUUGCAAUUUCGACAAGUUUCUUGGUGGUGUUCCUUGCCUUGAGAGGCUUAUUGGUCAUAUAUACUUCACUAAAUAUUUGAGUAUAGGAAAUGAGCAAGGGAACUUUCCCGUUACGUAUCAAAAUCUGAAGUUCAUUGAACUGUACCAAGUUAGUUUUGAAGACAUGAAGGAGUUAUUUGUUGUGCUUCGCUUGAUUGUGAGUUCUCCUAAUCUAGAGGAGCUUCAGAUAUCUAGUUCCUCGAUUACAACCACCACCGAUAUUUAUGAUCUAGAAUUUUGGGAGAGAGACUGGCCUGCUGACUGCAUUUUUGGUAAACUGAAGAUUGUGCAUAUGACUGAUUUCUCCGGUCUGCCACAUGAAAUCGCAUUUAUCAAAUUCUUACUUGGACAUUCACCUGUUCUCGAACAAAUGAUUGUGGCUCCUACUAUAUACGUCACAGAUAAAGUGGUGAAAAUGUUGAUCGACUUGUUAACAUUUCGACGUGCUUCUCCUCAAGCUACAGUUAAAUUUAUUCAAGAGCCAUUAUAGGAUUUUGUCAUGUAUAACUUUGCUCUUUUUUGAUUUUUCAAACAUGUUGUACAAUGUUUGGUCUUAAAAGAUGUGUGUUUUUGAUAUUUAUUGGAAACAAAUCAAAAGGAGGGUAUUUUGACAUUUCUGGUGAUGAAAGAAUCUUGAUUAUUAUAUAUA